GUAAAAAACAAACCGACAUGGGUAACAUGGCCCUGAACAAAGCAAUCCUUUUUUCAACCCUUCUCUUCAUUCCUCUUGUUCUUUCAGAUGAUACUGUACCUGCCCCCGGUGAUAAGGCUCAAUUGAAUAGCUGGUUUGAGCAAAAUGUGCAGCCUUUGGCAUCCCGGAAAGACACUUUGGACCCGGCACUAGUCACUGCAGAAGCCAAUCCCAGAAUCAUCAAGCUCAAGAGCGACGGAAGCGGUGAGUUCAAGACUAUAGCCGAUGCCAUCAAUAGCAUCCCAAAUGACAAUACCAACCGCAUCAUCAUUUCACUUGGCCCCGGAAACUAUACAGAGAAAAUCAAGAUUGAACGUAACAAGCCAUUCAUCUCAAUAAUUGGAGAUCCAAACAAUUUGCCUACUCUAGUGUUUGAUGGUACAGCGGCCAAGUAUGGAACCGUGGAAAGUGCCACCUUGAUUGUUGAAUCUGAUUACUUCAACGCCGCUAACCUCAUUCUUGCGAACUCAGCACCAAGGCCAAACGGCGACGUGAAGGGUGCCCAGGCAUUGGCUGUGAGAAUUGGAGGGGAUAAGGCUUCCUUUUACAACUGCAAAUUCCUUGGUUUUCAAGACACCCUUUGCGAUGACAAAGGAAAGCACUUGUUCAAGGAUUGCUACAUCGAAGGCACCGUAGAUUUCAUUUUUGGCAACGGAAAAUCCAUCUACUUGAAUGUUGAGAUGCAUGUUAUCCCAGGCGACCAACAGGCAUGGAUCACCGCACAGGCGAGGCACACCGAUGCUGAAGACACAGGAUACUCAUUUGUCCACUGCAAAGUCACUGGCACAGGUCGCACUGCUUACUUGGGCAGAACUUGGAUGCCUUAUGGCAAGGUCGUGUUUGCCUACACGGAUAUGAGCGACGCGGUAAUCCCAGCAGGCUGGUCUAAUAACUUCCAUCCGGAGACUGAGAAGACGGUAUUGUUCGGAGAAUUCAGUUCCACCGGACCAGGUUCAGACACAAACAAUAGCCGGGCUGCAUUCACCAAGAAGCUUACUGAAGCAGAAGUUAAACCCUUUCUGACUCUUGGAUUCAUCGAGGCUUCUAAGUGGCUGCUUCCUCCCACCCAAGUUCCAGCUUAAGGCUUCUUAGCUCUGGAAAACAAAUGGCUUAUUCUUUUUGCCCUUUUCUUCAUGUAAUUUGUUCAUCCGUAUUCCCGAAAUAAAUAUUUGGAGCACACCAUAAUUUUUACA